AUGUUCUCAUCAGAGAAUGUCUUUUAUUUUCAAGUUGGACUUGGAGUCCUAGCCAAUAUGUUUCUUCUAGGUUUUUAUAUUUUCAUAAUCCUAAGUCACAGACCUAAGUCAAUUGACCUCAUCUCCUGCCAGCUGACCUUCGUUCACAUAGUGAUGAUCCUGACAGGAGGAAAUAUCAUUCAUAUAGACAUAUUUGAGGCUCUGAAUGUUGACAAUGGCAUCAAAUGUAAGGCAACUCUAUACACACAGAGGGUGAUGAGAGGCCUCUCUAUCUGCAUCACCUGCCUCCUGAGUGUGUUCCAGGCUGUCACUAUCAGUCCCAGUAACUCUUUGCUGGCAAAAUUUAAACAUAAACUAAAAAAGCACACUAUCAAUGUUUCUCUCUUUUACAUUUGGUUUUUCAAUUUUUCUCUUAGUAGUAACCUGAUCUUCUAUGUUAGUGGUUUUACCAAUGUGAGCCAAACCCAGCAGAUGAAGGUUACUAAAUCCUGCUCACUCCUCCCCAUGAAUUACAUCAUUAGGGGAAUGAUUUUAACAAUGACAAUCUCCAGGGAUGUGUUUCUUGUAGGAGUCAUGCUGAUCACAAGCACAUACAUGGUGAUUAUCUUGUUCAGACAUCAGAGGCAAUGCAAGCAUCUUCAUAGCAUCGGCCAUCUGAGAGUGUCUCAUGAGAAAAAGGCUACCCAAUCCAUUUUGCUACUCGUUGUUUUCUUUGUUGCCAUUUAUUGGUUGGACCUCAUCAUCUCAUCCACCUCCAUCCUGUUAUGGAUGUAUAACCCAGUUAUCCUGACUGUUCAGAAGUUUGUGGUGAAUGCCUAUCCUACAAUUAGUCCUUUGGUACUAAUCAGUCCAGAUAAGAGAAUAAUCAAUGUGCUAAAAAACUUGCAGUCAACAUGCCACUAG